GGCGGAGGCGGCGGCGGCGGUGGCGGCGGCGUGGGGAUGGAGCCCCUGCGGGUCCUGGAGCUGUACAGCGGCAUUGGGGGUAUGCACCAGGCGCUGAGAGAAAGCUGUAUACCUGCACAAGUGGUGGCUGCCGUUGAUAUAAACACUGUCGCUAAUGAAGUAUACAAGUAUAAUUUUCCUCACACGCAGUUACUGGCCAAGACAAUUGAAGGUAUUACACUAGAAGAGUUUGACAGAUUAUCUUUCAAUAUGAUUUUAAUGAGCCCUCCCUGUCAGCCAUUCACAAGAAUCGGCCUGCAAGGUGAUGUGACUGAUCCAAGGACAAAUAGCUUCUUGUAUAUUCUAGACAUUCUCCCAAGGUUACAAAAAUUACCAAAGUAUAUUCUUAUAGAAAAUGUUAAAGGUUUUGAAGUAUCUUCUACAAGAGACCUGUUAAUACAAACAAUAGGAAAUUGUGGCUUUCAGUACCAAGAAUUUCUGUUGUCUCCAACCUCUCUUGGCAUUCCAAAUUCAAGGCUACGGUAUUUCCUUAUUGCAAAGCUUCAGUCAGUGCCGUUCCCUUUUCAAGCCCCUGGUCAGGUACUGAUGGAGUUCCCCCAAAUUGAAUCUGAACAUCCACAAAAACAUGCGAUAGAUGCAGAAAAGGAAACUGAAGAAAAGGAAACUGAAGAAAAGAAAAUCGAGCCAAAUAUGUGCUUUGACAGCAGCACACAAUGUUCUGGACAAGAAGCCCUUCUUUUUAAGCUUGAAACUGCAGGAGAAAUUGACAGGAAACGUCAACAGGACAGUGAUCUCUCUGUGCGAAUGCUAAGAGAUUUUCUUGAAGAUGACGUGGACAUAAAUUCAUACUUUUUACCGCCAAAGUCAUUGCUGCGAUACGCUCUUUUGUUAGACAUUGUUAAGCCCACAUCCAGAAGGUCCACAUGCUUUACGAAAGGUUAUGGACGCUACAUAGAAGGGACAGGAUCUGUGUUGCAGACUACAGAGGAUGUGCAGAUUGAGAAUAUCUACAAAUCCCUUACCAAUUUGUCACAAGAAGAAAAGAUAACAAGAUUGUUAAUGCUUCAACUUCGAUUUUUCACUCCUAAAGAAAUAGCAAAUCUCCUUGGAUUUCCUCCAGAGUUCGGUUUCAGUGGAGAAAAGAAAAAGUGGAGAGGUGGUCUAGAAAGGAACUUUCCUAAUGGAAAGUAAGGGUGACUCAGGAGCACAGAUGCCAGAAUUGACACGAAAUUAGGGAAUCUGAAGAUGGACUCUCAAGAAGAAAAAUGAAGAUACCACUGCCAAGGGAGAAAGACAAGUAAUGAGGAAAGCCAGGGAUUGUUGCUAUUAAGAGACUGGACACAGCGCUUUGCUUCUUAGAGCACCCCGCCCCUCCCUGGUCCCGCUUCCUUGGCGCUGCUGCUCUUGCUGUGUGGAUGCCAUCGGUUUCCUGGGCUGCGGUGGGUGUGUUCCUAGUACCUGGCUCAUGGGAAGGGAGAGACACAGACCUCCCUCACAUGCUUCCAGGGCUGCACAAGGAGGAAAUGUGCUUUGGAUAACUGAUUGGGAGCUUGAAUGCAGAAAAGCCAAACUUCACUAAAUCUAAUGUUGUUGUAAUAUUAAUACAGUCCUAUUCUUGAAGAACAUCAUGGGUUAAAUAGACCAUGUUUUAAAAUCUAAAUAAUGGAUUUACGGUUGAGGUUUGGAAAGCAUCUUUUUGUACACUGGGAACAAACUGCCAACAGAAUUUGACUACCCUCUUGGUAAUUGAUUCUCCAAGCAUAGUCACAGCAACCAGGUUUAUUUUGUACUCUCUGCCUUUUUCUUGGUGAUCUCUUUCAGUCUGAAACAUCCCGGGGAGUGUGUUUUAAGAAAACAUAGACUUUCCGUGUCUUAGUUUAUGUCACAAAGUGAGUGAGAACAUCAGUAAAACAAAGAACUGAGAAUUGGACUCAGGAAUUUAAUUCCCAGUCUACUGUCGUGGUUACUUUUUUUUUCAUAUUUUAGGAUGAGCAAUCAAAGGUAUUUUCUGUACUACUACAGAGAGAAAAGAGAUUUACUGUCGAACAGCAACUCAUUUCUAAGUUUUAUUUGAGUGCUUAUUUUUUCAAGCAGUAGCAAUCACUUUGGUAAUAGUGAAAUUUAGCACAGACCCCAGAGUCAGACUGACCGAGUGUGAAUCCUAGCCCUACUGAAGCCACUCUCUGCCAUAGUUUAUGCAUCUGUAAAAUGGGGAUAAUUAUAGCACCGACUUCAUAGAGCUGUUGUAACAGUUAAGUGAGUUAACGUAUGUCACAUGCUUACAACCUAUCUGACACAUAGUAUAAAAUUCGUGCUUUUAUAUUUUAAAUGAUAGAUGUUAUAGCCUUUACUUCAUAAAUAUUUUUUCUCAGUAUUUAAAAAUAUCUAAGGGGUAAAAUAGGAUUUUUCGAAGUUCUCUGAAAAUAUAUGUAUAAUACAUGUGAGAAAGCCUUUUUCAUUGCUUUACCGUAUUUUAUUUUAUUUUAUUUUUUU